AGCGACACGUCCUGCCUGGAAGGAGCAAAAAGUUGCGCUGCGCGCGACUGACGUAGGGGCCUCCCAAGUUUCUUUCCUUCGCUGCAGAAAGCCGUCCUUUUACCGGUCCCUGGAAAUAGGUCAGACUCGCCCGCGCGCAUGCGCACUGCGGCGUCUGGCCAGUCCGCUGCUGCUGGUACCUCCUCGGUGGCCCGUCAGUUGGCAAGGGUGUUUGUUCCCUUCUUGGCCCUGCUGUGGGUCUCUGCCGCUCACGAUGAACAUCUGGAUAACCCUGCUCGCCCUGAUCGCCAGCUUGUACACCGGGGUCCCACAACAUGCCUUUGGAGCACAUCACACAUUGGAUCGUCGGCAGGCUCCGGGCCAGGCACCGAGAGCGCGCCCGGGAUUCCGCCUCGUUCGAGCCCGGUUGAGGUCGUCAACGACGUCGACGACGGCUGCUCCCGACGACUACUACUACUACGAGGUGCCCGAGGAGAGCCAGACGGCACCGCCGCCGCCCCCUUCCAGGUUCCGGGGUCGGGUGGUGGCUCGGACUCGGGGCAGGCCUCCGCAGAAGAGUCCCGGUGCCAACCCGAUCCCGCCGCCCCCCUCGUACGAGGAAGAGCUCGCACACUACGGAUACAACUUUGGUCCGCCGAAGCAGGGAAAUAAACCACCAACGUCGACGACGACGACGACGACCACGACCGCCGCGCCGACGGAUCCCCCGCGGACGCUUUCGCCCAACUACAAGCAGCGCGCCGACGGCCGCAUCAUCGACUUCUUGGCGGACCCCAACUUCCCCCGAGAGCUGAAGGGCUCCGACUUGACCGACUACCCGUUCUACGAGAACCUUCCGGAAGACAUCGACUUUGACUGCGGCAAGUGGCACGACGGUUUCUACGCCAGCAUCAAGCACAAAUGUCAGCUGUUUCACUACUGCUUCGGGUCCUUGCGGUACGACUUCCUGUGCCCCAACUACACCCUGUACGACCAGACUACCUUCACGUGCCGCUUUAUCAACACUGUCGAGUGCGAGAAGUCGGAGAAGCAUUACGACCGGAACGAAGCCCUCUACAAGGAAACGACCACGGUGCCACCGAGCACCAAGGCACCUCCGCCGCCGCCGCCUCCGAGGAAGAAGCCGCCCAAGAAGAAGAUAGUCACCACGACCCCAGCUUCGGAAGAGUACGACGAGUACGAGUAUGAAGACGAAACGACGACGACGUCGACGACGACGACAACGACGACGGCCAAGCCGAAGCGCAGAAGGCUGAGGCCUCGGCUGAGGACUCCGGGGAGCAGAGGGCCUCAACAGUCAUCGGGGGAAGGAACCAAGUAGACGAGGACAAAGUCUUCGUCUCGCUGACCGGCCCGACAGCGCCGAUCGUUACUGUGCAAAAGGAACAAACAGCUCGCCUCUGGUCCAUUGUUUCACGGUGAAUGCUUGCAGCCCGACCGUACGAAGACACCUGCCGUGACCCAGAGAUGACGCGACCAAGAUGGCGCCUAAGAGACAGUGGUGGCCUUUGUAGGUGUACGGAUAGGUAGGCUUUUUGCUUUCGUCUGCCUAAUAAAAACUGACGUUUUUGAGUUUUCA